AUGGCAUUUGAGUGCCCAAAUAGGACUGAGGAUUCUCAAAAUUUGGCACACUUUGUAGCAAAUCCAGGCAUAGGCAUAGUUGAAACUAAUCAGCUUAGUUCCAAAUCCUUCACGGAAGGAGUAGCAACCAAAAAUCUCGUUCCAGGUAGCAGACCUGAAUCUGGGAAGGGUGUGAAGCUAAAGGGAGCAUCCAAGAUUAAUUCGAAGAAGGGAACCAAAGCUCCGGCCAGUGCUUUGAACCAGUCAUCAAUUCCUGGUGAUGUGGUUUUAGAUUUUGGUUUGUCCAUCACUAACCUUCCUCCUGCAUUGAUAUCUGAAAUUCUCAAUUUCCUUGACCCGAAAGAUCUAGGCAUUGUUUCGUGUGUCUCGACGAUUUUUCAAAGAGUUGCAUCCGAGCAUCAUGCUUGGAAGCAAUUCUAUUCUGAAAGGUGGGGGCUUCCAACAGCUUCCUUGAUGAUAAGUCAUGGAAGGAACUUUUCGUGGAAAGGGAGUUUAGGAGACUAUUUUCCUAUUGGCAUCUGCAAAGCUCAUAUUUACUUCUGGGACCGUAACUCGUUUCACCAGCCCGUACAACAAUUCAUGGCGUGGGCACUCACUCACCUCAUUCUCAUCACGUUUAUCACCCUCUUAAUAUUCCUCCAACUCAUCGCCGGCAACUCCACGCUCCUCUGCAACCGCCGCCAUGGCUCACGCCCUGCUAUGGUUCUUCCACUGUACCUCUCUGCACCCAAUUCCACUACGUCAGCGCUCGAUCCCCGUCGCCAGCUUUACGGAUCCGAGUCCAAGCGCCACCCUAACGCGCGCAUGAGACUCCACGACGAUCUCCUCCUCAACGGCUAUUACACGACGCGGCUUUGGAUCGGGACUCUGCGCGAGAUGUUUGCUCUUAUUGUUGAUACGGGGAGCACCGUUACGUAUGUUCCGUGCUCCUCUUGCGAACUGUGUGGCAAGCACCAGGAUGGUUAUCUGUUUGUUUGUUUUCCUUUUUCAGACACAUCCUUGCCUUAG